UCUGUAGCAUGUUGACAGACGUAUCACGUGGAAAUCUGUGAACCAUACAACUUAGAAAGUUGUGAACUGAAAUUUGUUGUCACAAUGUCGUUGUACGACCAUUUGUGCAAUGCUUGUCUUUUACUAACUUUAAUUAAUAGGUUAUCUCUGAUUACACAAUAAUUGCAUGAAGUGAAAUCGUAGUAUUUUUCUGUCCUAUGAUAUGUAGGAAGUAUAUUUAUGUGUAUUAAUUGAUUAUUUCUUUACAAUGUCUUUGAAAUCAACAAUAUCGGGAUUCAAGGGGGAAAGUGAUGUUGAAAGUGAGUUUAGAAGGCAAGGAUCGUUUCGAAAACUUUUACCAAUUAAUACCAAUGGUGAUACGCAGUUGAGCAUGUCAGCGAAAAUGAUCGAUAGGCCAACAAUUACCCAAAGUAACAAGGAAUACAUCACUUACCUGCAGGAAUAUAAUAUAUUAUCUGAAUAUCACACGUUAAGUCAUCAAGAUUUAAAAGGAGUUUACGUCAUACCUUCAGCACAAAAUUCCUUCCUUUGGUUUGGAGUACAAUUUGUACGGCAGGGGUUUUUUCGAGGUGGCGUAUUUAGAUUCACUGUAACACUACCUCCUAAUUUCCCUGAUGGUGGUUGUCCGAAAGUUGUGCUUCAAUCCAGUGUAUUUCAUCCACUUAUAAAUCCUGAAACUGGAGAAUUGAACACAGCAUGGGGAUUUCCGGAAUGGAGGCGAAAUAAUCGAGUUUGGCAACUGAUACAAUUUAUUACUAAGAUUUUUACCAAAGUAGAUCCAAAAAUGACCACCAUAAAUCAAGAAGCUUCUACAUUAUUAGAAACAAAUAUAGAAUCAUUCCAAGAAAAAGCCAUGCAAUGUGUUAAAAAUAGCCAAAGUCAGAUGUAUGAUCCUCCUACGGUGGAUGAUGCUCACUAUAUAACGUUUAGUCCAUACGUAAAUGACUUGCAUGAUCCCAUUAAGGAAGAAAUUUAUAAACCAAAGGAGGAAGAUAGUAAUAAAACUUUAGGUAUUUCUUGGGUUCAACCUGGAUCGUUACAACCUUUUUCAAAACCUGAAACAAGAUAACAAUUAUAUUUUGAAAAGGUAAUACGAAGUUCAUAGAAAUACGUAACAUGACUAAAUGAACACUGUUUCCAUGCACAUUUUGUGAAAAAUGCGAACAAACGUAAAUACUUUUAAUACUUUUUAUCAAUGUUAAAUCACUAAGAUAUUUGUAAAACAAAACCUUGUGUAAUUUUUUUCACGAUUUAUAUUGAACUGAACAAAUUAAGUAAGAACAGCAUUUUUAAUACUCAUUUUUUUUUCCCUGACUCAAAAUGCUAUAUUCUUCUAUUUUUAAGGAUAUUAUAUACAUAUAUUAGCACUAUGGAAGAUUCAUCAUUCAUUAAUGAAGCAAAUGUAGUGUACACUAUUACUACGUAAAUAAAAAAUUAGAUCAUUA